GUGCGCCGCGGCGCUUCGCGGAGCCGGAAAGUGUGUCCCCAGCGGCGACCCGUGGCGAGCUCCCGCGAGACGCUCACCUGCGACCCAGCCAUUCAUUGAGAAGUCCAGGAGAUUUUAAAGCCUAAGUUAGACCCUUCUCUUUGAGGCAAGAAGAGCUCAACGUUUGCAAGGGUUUACAGGAUGCUCCGUCAGACUUCAUCACAGGCUUCCCAGAAAUCUAAAGCUCUUCAGAUCAGCCCAGGAGCUUGUCGCUGACCUCUGCUGAGCUUGUCUGACCUCCUCCUGGCUUCUCCCCUGCAGGUGCUUGGCUACAGCAAGCCAUGCUCUGAGCCAUGCCCAGGCCGGGACAGCCCCGCCCAUCAUCUGGGCCUCCACGCUUGGGGCCUUGGGAGCGGCCAACAGAGCUAUGCCUGGAAACGAAUGAUGAGCGCUCCCAGCCCCCACCAGGCCGCCGCACCCGCAGGCCAGACCCCAAGGACCCUGGCCAUCACGGACCUGAGAGUAUCACCUUCAUUUCAGUUUCUGUGGAACCAGCCACCGAGCCCCCAACCUGCUGUCUCCUCUGGCGCCCCUGGGGGUGGGACUGGUGCAGGGCUGCCUUCUGCUUCCGACGCUGCAGGGAUUGCCUGCAGCGCUGUGGGGCUUGUGUGCGGGGCUGCAGCCCCUGCUUAUCUGCCGGGGACGCCACCGCAGGGUCUCCCGAAGCUGCCUGGGCCAAGGAGCACAAUGGUGUGCCGCCCAGCCCGGACCGUGCGCCCCCCAGCCGCCGGGAUGGCCAGCGGCUCAAGUCCAGCGUGGGCAGUAGCUUCAGCUACCCAGACGUUAAGCUCAAGGGCAUCCCGGUCUACCCCUACCGCCAUGCCACCUCCCCAGUCCCUGACGCGGACUCCUGCUGCAAGGAGCCCCUGGCAGAGCCUCCUCCCACACGGCACAGCCUGCCUAGCACCCUCACCAGCAGCCCCCGCGGCUCUGAGGAGUACUAUUCCUUCCAUGAAUCGGACCUGGACCUGCCCGAGAUGGGCAGUGGCUCCAUGUCGAGCCGGGAGAUUGACGUGCUUAUUUUCAAGAAGCUGACAGAGCUGUUCAGCGUCCACCAGAUUGACGAGCUGGCCAAGUGCACGUCGGACACCGUGUUCCUGGAGAAGACCAGCAAGAUCUCAGAUCUCAUCAGCAGCAUCACACAGGACUAUCACCUGGAUGAGCAAGACGCCGAGGGCCGCCUGGUGCGUGGCAUCAUCCGCAUCAGUACCCGCAAAAGCCGCUCCCGCCCACAGACCUCCGAGGGGCGCUCAGCCCGCUCUACCGCCCCUGCUGCUGCCCCCGACAGUGGCCAUGAGACCAUGGUGGGCUCUGGCCUCAGCCAGGACGAACUGACAGUGCAGAUCUCCCAGGAGACAACCGCAGACGCCAUGGCCAGGAAGCUGAGGCCAUAUGGAGCCCCAGGGUACCCAGCCAGCCAAGACUCCUCCUUCCAGGGCACGGACACAGACUCUUCAGGGGCACCCCUGCUGCAGGUGUACUGCUAGCCCCACCGGCCCAGCCGUCACAGCCCCUCUUGGAAGAAGCACAGCCAGAGGAGAGGAGCCAGGACCUGUGUGGGCCAGAUCCUGAGCCCAGACGCGGUGACCUCUCUGGCUUCUGCUUUUAUUGAAUGAUCUUAGACCAUGUACAUUCCACAGGGCCACGGUGCCCACGUCCUCUGCUUCUCCAGCUGCACUGCCUGCUGCCCAGGCCUGUCUGUUCCUGUGGCCUGAAAACAAAGCCUUGGGAAGUAGCUUCCCAGUUCCAUUCCCAUGUCACCCUAAGCAAUUACGGAAACUUAAGUAGGUUGGGUUGGGGAGAGCAUGGCCUCUAUUGAUUCCGUGGGCAGUGCCCACUUGUUAUAUUGCUGAGCAGUUUGUAUUGGUUCUUGGCUAUUCUAUGUUCUUAACAUGACCAUAGUUACAAGUACA